AUGACCCGAACAGUCUAUCUCAUCUCUGCCCGCUACUCAUCCUCCCAAAGAGCGCAUUUCUCGAUAUUUGUGCCAUUAGCCGCAGAUUCCUCAGUGGGAACCAAAAUCCACGUCACCGGAGCGCCAAUGGUAGGCUACAAUCCUGAAUUCAAACGAAACUACAACCCAAGUCUCGAAAAAAUCGACAAGAUCUACCCUAUCGGUGAGGUCCCACCAUGUCAUAUAGUGGACUUCCUUGGCGAUACUCCGUCCGUAGACUCCAUGCCGUGA